UUAUCAUUAGUUAUCAGUAAAUCUGACUGGCAUAGAGAAAACCAAGAUUUUGUGCGGCUCAUUCUUGAUUUACAUAAAGGAAAAGUGCAUAAUUUAACCCCUAUCCAUGUUAUCCUCCUUGGUAAGGUGCUCAACUUCACAGGACAACCCUACCACCUCUUUCAGGAGGUUUAUCAAAGUCUGGUUGAACUGAUUAGACCAGAUAAGAAAACUGUAGGAGGGGUAUCUAGUAUAUCUCUUCUAUCCUGUGUACUUGAACUGAAGAAGAUGGCUGUUCCUCUGCCCGAAGUUCGAGAUAAAAUAAGGGGCUAUCUGGAGAACGAUGAUCUGAUCUGGGAUUUAGAUACAUUCUUCACUGUUAUUAAGUGCAGUGGAAUAAUGGAUAAACAUCUUAUUGAUAACUACUUUCAAACUAGUCUUCAACUUGUUGAGUGUGAGAAGCAAGAGGUAAAGAACCUGGGUUUGAUGCUCCUCUCAUUGAACAGCUUCAACAACGGGUUCUACAGGAACCCCGCCAUUGUGGACAAAAUGGCGGAUAUUUUAGAAAAUAGUAUUCAGGUAAAUAAACCCCGCCAUCGUGGACAAAAUGGAGGAUAUUUUAGAAAAUAGUAUUCAGGUAAAUAA